UCUUCCGUAAACAUUUAAUUUCGUUUUAACUUUUUCCUCAUUGUCGUAUAAUUGUUUUUGUCGGUCGCUAAGAUAUUUUCACAGCUUCGGAGACUUCAGGAAAAAAAAAAAUCAUUUCUUCUCUGAAACGAAAAACCAAAGAAACGAGAAGAAGAAGCUAUGGCGGAUCAGCUAACUGAUGAACAGAUCUCUGAGUUUAAGGAAGCUUUUAGCCUCUUCGACAAAGAUGGAGAUGCUUCAGAUUCAGAAAAUAUUUGAGUCUGAUUCUUUGAUACGCUUUGGAUUUGGUCUAAUCUCUGGUUUUGCUAGAUUCGAUCUCUGAUUCAGGUGAUUCGUGUGGUGAAUUGUUACUUCGUUGUUGAUUGAAUCGUUUGAUUGUCUCUUUUGAUGUAGUUUUGUUCCAUCUCUAAGCAUGGAUUUGUGAUUUUGAUGUUUCUUUGAAGGUGACUUAUAUUGAAAUGUUACUAGCUUUGUGCAGAAUAUCAUGUUCCUGAUUCUUGUUCUGAAUCGUCUUUUUGUGUCAUUCUUCUGUAGUUUAAGUAGGUAUAUUGCUAUAGAUUUCAGUUCAAAGAUACUGUUUAGUUUUAGCACCUGUCAUGCUUUUUCCAUAGCCAAAGAUAUUCAGAUUCUAGUGUUUUUAUGAGAUUCAUUUAAUGGUCAUGUUUUUGGUUGAUUAGUGGCUUUUUUUUGCUCAAAAACGUUUAAACAAAAGACCUGGUUUCAUUCAUGUUUCGUAUGUAUAUCAAUCUGACUUUGUUAUGGGAAUCUACUUGUAAGGUGGUAUGUAGCUACAGGUUUAAGUUCUCUGAUAAUAUUUAGUUUCGUAUGAGAAGCAAACAGUCAUGUAUAGUCAUGUAUGUUUUAGAACAGAUCAUGAGUUUUCCAUAAUGAAAGAUUCCAGAGUCUAGUGCUUUUUUUUUCUGGCAUCCAUUGAUGGUCAUGUGUUUAGCUGUUUGUUGGCUCUUGUAGCUUAAAAAAGUUUUAUUGGAGACUUAUUUAUCACAAGACCUGGUUUUUAUUCAUGUUAUCUUUUACUGAUUGAACAGGUUGCAUCACCACAAAGGAGCUGGGAACAGUGAUGCGGUCACUAGGGCAGAACCCAACAGAAGCUGAGCUACAAGACAUGAUCAACGAGGUUGACGCUGAUGGAAACGGAACCAUUGACUUCCCUGAGUUCUUAAACCUAAUGGCUAAAAAGAUGAAGGACACAGACUCGGAGGAAGAGCUGAAAGAAGCUUUCAGGGUGUUCGACAAAGACCAGAACGGUUUCAUAUCCGCUGCAGAGCUUCGCCAUGUGAUGACGAAUCUAGGUGAGAAACUGACUGAUGAAGAGGUCGAGGAGAUGAUUCGUGAAGCAGAUGUUGAUGGAGAUGGUCAGAUAAACUACGAGGAGUUUGUCAAGAUUAUGAUGGCUAAGUGAUGAUGAUAAGAAAAAAAUGAAGAAUAAAAGUGGUGAUGUGAUGACCUUUUAGGCUUUUACUAUCUACAAAAGAAUGAUUCGACCUUUAAUGUCUUGGGUUUGAUUUGAGCCUAGUAGUUUCUUAAGGUUUUAACAGACUGAAUUUGUGACUUAUCUUUUUUUAUUUUGUUGGUUUCUUUCUCGUUGGCAUAAUGGCAUGUUUAGAUUUCGGUAACUAGAGUGGUCGCAAAGCUUUUACUAUGCAAAAAGUUUACUUAACAAGCCUAAGAAGACUCGAUAGUUUGUUGCAAAACUCAUACAUCGAGAUAGAGUGAAUAC